AUGGGUAAAUUUUCGCCGUACACAACGUCAACCUGCUUCUUUGCAUCAAAAAAUGUAGCAGAUAGAUGCUUAGAACAAUUACAACUGAAUCAUAAAAAGUAUCUAUUUGAUUUUAUCAAUAAUGCAAAGGAUAUAACACAAUUGGGAGGUUUUCGUGGAACAUUGUUUGAAAUGGUCACACAUACAAUAAUUCGUCAAGGGGGAGACUUUCGAGUACGUGAACUCACAGAUGAUGGUACAGGAUCUGAAGCUAUUCAUAGUUUUGAUUCUCUAGAAGAAAAUUUUUUUGAUAAUGUUAAGGAGAUACAAGGACGAGUAAAAUAUUUUCGGCCAACUUCGAAGACUUUCGAAAGCAUAGAUAGUUAUGCUCAUCCAAAUAAUCUAUUUCAAGUUACCGUUUCUAGGAAGCAUAGUAUAAAGCAAGAUGGAUUGAGAGCGAUAAAGGAUAUCUUAGAUGAAAAUUAUUGCGUCAAAAUAUACUUUGUCUUACCGAGAGAAAUAUUUGAAACAUUCAAAAGAAAUCAGUCUUAUGAAAAUAAGGGGGAAGGAAAGGUAUUCGACCCUUGGGUUUAUAACAUAAAAAAGUACGUUUUGUGCGUAAAUCUUGAAUAUUAA